AUGAUCACCACAUUGAUAGCCUUGUCAUUAACUGCACUAGGUGCAUACGCUGCAGGCGAUGAAGAUGUGUUUGAAUGGCGACCCGAAAUUCACCACGUAUUUAGAGAAGCCGAAGCAAUGCCGCCCACAUGGUUCUCUCAACUUUUCACACUGAUCGCGCUUUCACCUUGGCUCGUGCUCGUUAUUGGGUGGCUCGGUCUGGGUGUCACGCCUGUCAAAGUCUUGGGAGAACUCGCUUCGGGACCUAGCAUGCGACCUAUUUCGAUUAUUGGGUUCCUGGGAUCGCUUGUCGCUGUCGAAUACCUGUUCUACCUCUACUGGAUGCGUCUCAAUAUCUUCGAAACCCUCAGCUACCUUGCUCUUUUACUCCCUGUCGUGUUCGUCUUUGGUCAACAGGCCCUCGGUCAAGUGCAAGCAAGAAGAAGAAAGGUUUUCAUUAAAUAA